AAUUCCAUCUGCGAUCUGUUCCUUCGCAACACACACUAAGUAGCCUCUUCUUCAAUCUUUUCUAGCUUUCCUGCCUUUUGCUCACAUCAAUUCCUAACUCUGUCUAUGGCCAUCUCUACAAUCAACCUUCAACCUUCCACUUGGGAAUACGGUGUGUUCUUGAGUUUCAGAGGUGAAGAUUCGUUCAAAAACUUUACCGGUCAUCUUUAUUCUGCACUAUGUAAUGCAAGUAUUCGCACGUUCAUAGACGAAGAGGAGCUAAGAAAGGGUGAAUCUUUAGCGCCUGAACUCACGAGAGCAAUUCAAAAUUCAAGGGUCUCUAUGAUAGUUUUCUCGAAAAAUUAUGCCUCGUCUAGGUGGUGCCUUGACGAAUUGCUUCAAAUCCUCCAGUGCAGGGAGAAGGGAAAACAGUUAGUCUAUCCUAUUUUUUAUGACGUUGAACCUUCUGAAGUGCGUAAUCAAAGUGGGAAUUACGGCAUAGCCUUGGCAAAGCACGAAGAACGUUUUGGGCGAAGCGAUAAGAUACAAAAUUGGAGAGAUGCACUCACUAAAGUUGCAAAUAUAUCAGGAUGGGAUUUGCAAGGCCCCAUGAAUGGGUAUGAAUCCAAAUUAAUUGAUGAAAUCGUUCAAGACGUCCUACGGAUAGUAAGUCCGAGGAUAAUGCCCGUUGCCAAGCAUGUAGUUGGACUUGAAUCUCGAGUUGAUGACGUGCUCCAAUUCAAUUAUGGAACGAAUAAUAAUGAUGUUCGUAUGAUUGGGAUAUAUGGUAUGGGGGGCAUUGGAAAGAGUACUCUUGCCAAAGCUCUUUAUAACAAAUUGCUUGGAUACUUUGAAAGGAGUUAUUUUCUUGAGAUAAGUUCAGAAAUUUUAGAGACAAAAAAGUUACAAGAAGAACUUCUUAGUAAGCUUCUUAAUAAAAGGAAGAUUGAAGUUGGCAGUGAAGGUGAAGGAAAAAUGUUGAUCAAGUAUUGGCUUCAAGCAAAAAAAUGUCUCAUUGUCCUCGAUAAUUUGGAGCACAGAAACCAAUUUGAAGCAUUAUGUGGAGAACGAGAUUGGUUUGGUAAAGGGAGUACACUUAUUUUAACAACUAGAGAUGCACAUGUGUUGAAAGAAUUGAAUAAGGGUGAAUGUUAUGAAGCUAAGACAUUGGUUCAUGAGGAGUCUUUGCAGCUCUUUAGACUACAUGCAUUUAGGGAGCCAACAUUACCAAAAGAAGAUUAUGCUGAGGUUUUAGAUCGCAUAUUGGCUUAUUGUGAGGGACUUCCAUUAGCUCUUGAGGUGCUAGGGAGUUAUUUAUCUGGCAGAUCUAUGGAGGAAUGGAUUAGUGCCUUUGAAAAAUUGAGAAAAAUUCCUCAUAAUGAUGUUCAAGCUAAACUUAAAAUUAGCUAUGAAGGACUUCCAGAUGAUCAUACCAAAUCUCUUUUUCUUGAUCUUGUUUGUUUCUAUGGUGAAAUUUCUGAGGAGACUUUUAAUGCCAUGGGAUAUUUCUCAACCAUUGAGAUUCGAAACUUAGUUGACAAAUGCUUGAUCUCACCAUGGUACUACUCGAUGCAUAGCUUAAUUCGAGAGAUGGGAAGAGAAAUUAUCCGUUCAGAGUCUCCCAACAAACCAGGUGAACGCAGCCGAUUGUGGUGCCCUAGUGAUAUUCAUGAUGUUCUUAUACAACAAAAGGGCACGGAAAAGAUUGAAAUGAUUGUAUUAAACUCUCCAAUGAAAAAUAUGGAGUACAAAUACAAUACAAAAGCAUUUAAGGACAUGAAGAAUUUAAGAUUUCUUCAAAUUGAUGGAAUCCACUUAGAAGGAAACUUUAAACAUCUACCACGCAAUGUACUUCGAUUCUUGCGAUGGAAUCAAUGUCCUUUGAAAUAUAUUCCAUCUGCUUAUUCUUUUGAGAGGCUCGUGAAGCUGGAAAUGUGGGAGAGCAACAUUAAAGAAUUUGGAGUCCCACUAAAGUAUUUUCAAUGUCUUGAGGCUUUGGAUCUUGGAUGGUGUCAUUAUCUCACGAGGACUCCAGACUUUAGCGGUGCUAAAAAUCUUCGUACGCUAUCAUUUUGGGGAUGCUCAAGUUUGGAAAAGGUGCACUCUUCCAUUGGAGACUUGAGGAUGCUAGUUGAAUUAGAUUUGAGUUGUUGUGAAAGGCUGAAGAAAAUUCCAAAGAAGUUUUGGCAUUGGCAGUUGAGAUCAGUAGAAGAUCCAUCAUCAUCAGUGUGCUAUUCCUCAAAAAUAAAAGAAUUGGGUGAAAAUUCGGGGAUGUUAACCUCACUACGAAGGUUGGUUCUAAGUGGAACCAAUAUUCACUUCCUUCCCUACAACACCUCUCAUUUGUUAAAGCCUGCUAAAUCAAUCUCAAAUUUGAGGAGUUUCUUCCAGAAUAACCACCUCAAACUAAUCCAACAAUUUCCUCCUAAUAUUGAGCACAUUUCUUUAAGGAACUGCAAAAACCUAAAGAUGCUCCCACAACUUCCUCAAAACCUACUAUCCCUUUGUGCUAUCAAUUGUGAGUCGCUGGAAACAGUACACUUACCAAAGAUGUUGAAAAUUGUGAAUCUCACUAAUUGCAAAAAAUUAAAGGAGAUUCAAGGUUGGGAGAAUGCUCAAUUUUUAAGGAUUAUCACAUUAAGAGGUGUUCCCAAUAUCAAGUUUUCAGAAAACAUAAAUCAGGUUUUAAAAGCUUCCACGUUGAAUUUCCCUAUUGAAUUUGAAGGAAAUCUUUCAAAUAAUGAAACUUUGAGUUGGAUUAAGUUUGAGGAAAAUGGAUCAUCAUCAUCAUCAUCAAUAUCUUUCCAAUGGUCGCCAUUAAUAUCUAAUUUGGAAUUCCUUGGAAUUUGCAUUUGGGUGGUAGUACUGGUGCUCGAACCCUUUCCAACUGAUUGUUAUAUACAUUACAACAGCAGAAUUGAAAAGGAUGGUUUCAGAGUCUGGUAUAGGAGUCGUGAUUCGAUUAGAUUAUCUGGAGUCCAAUUAUUAAAAGAAGGGGGAAAUGUUGUUUCAUUUGUAGAUUUCAUUCCACGGGAUUGCUUUAAAGAUAUAAAAGCUGGAGAAAUCUUUAAAGUUAUUUCCAAUGUUGAAGAGGUUAUCCCCAAAUUUAAAUAUGUCCAAGUAGGUAUGGUGAAGAAAAUAAGAGUUGAAGCAUUGUAUAGAGAUAGAGAAGAUGGCUUCCUACAAUUUUUACCCUUUACUAAACUUGACUCCAACACAACAGAAGAAGGAGGAGGAGGAGAAAAGGACUUUUGAAGCUGGCCCAAAAAAUUCUUUUGUCGAUUCUGUUACAAUGUAGUAUAUGUUCAUAGCUACUUUCCCAAUCUACUGAAGAGCACAAAGAGUCGUUCAUAGCUACUUUCUCAAUCUGCUUCAUCAUUCAUGUGGAGUGUAAACCGGGACACCGGGUGCCACUAGACCACAAGGUCUUUGGCAGGUUCUACGUAUUCCUCGUGAAGGGCACGCAGCAUUUUUUCAUGGCUCCAUUACUACAACGCCAGAAUCGAAUUUGAGGCUAAAGGCUUAUGUGGAUGCUAUUGUGUUCCCUGCGACUGGUGAGGCGUACUUUAGAGUGAUAGUAUUUUCCAGCAAUGGUUCUUUUCUAGCAGCGAGAAAUGGUCCUAUUAGUUGCGUGAAUGAUCCUCACUUUGAAUAAGCCCUCGCCAUUAAGGAGGCUUUAUCCUGGUUUAUUGAGAGAGGUUGGAAUAAUUUAACCCUUCAUUUUGAUGGUCAGUUGGUGUGUAUGAAGAUCAAGGAUGGUUUACAAUAUCUUUCUUAUGCGGGUCGAGUUAUUGGAGAUUGCCAAUUACUACAACGACACUUUGAAUCAGUGUUUAUUUAGUUUGUUCAUAGAUCAGCGAACACGGUUGCUCAUGCAUUAGCUAGAGCUUCUAAUUCUCAGUUUGGUCCUUUUAUUUAGUUUUCUGUUGUUCCUCCUUGUAUUGAACAUUUAAUUAUUUGAAGUUAAUGAUAUUUCCUUUUCA